AUGAAUGGGAUAGUUUUUGACAUGACAGAACAACAAUUUAAAUUAAUAAUUGACACAGCGGUAGCAAUGUUGCCAGUUUCGAUUUUUGCAUGGUUUUUGGCUGUUUUAAAAUCGCUAUAUGGAGUGGUGCAGACAAAUAAAAUAAUCAAAGAAGCGGAUUCACGCAAUAAUGACCUCAAGUUACAAGCUUCAAAUGAGGAACACGAAGAUUGCCAAAUAUGGUAUCAAAAUUGUGAACGUGAUUUCAUGUUAAAGUUGCGCACGAUCGUCUUAAUAGCGAGAACUAAUGCUGCGAAUCUUGAUCAUUGUGACCAAUCACCAAGUGCUGAUUCUUAA